CCUAGCUGGUUGAGGGGUUUCCACCUCAAUCUUCUUACCACAAUUGAUAAGGAUCUUGAGCAUAGUAUGACAUAUCCUAUUUCAGAGUUUCUUUCAUACCAAACCCUUUCUUCUCCCCAAAAAUCCUUUGCUAUGAACAUCACCACUUUCCCAGAACCUCAAACUUAUGCACAAGCCUCCUCUGAUCCUAGAUGGAACAAAGCUAUCAAAGAAGAAUGGGAUGCAUUGGAGGAUAACAAAACUUGGGAAAUUGUGGACUUGCCUGCAGGAAAGACUACUAUAGGAUCAAAGUGGGUCUAUAAAACUAAAUUCAGAUCAGAUGGAGACAUUGAAAGGCUCAAGGCUAGAGUGGUGGCAAAGGGGUACACACAAGUUCAUGGUGUUGAUUUCUGGGACACUUUCUCACUAGUGGCUAAACAAAAUUCUGUGAAAUUGUUAAUUAAAUUAGCAGCUGCCAAGCAUUGGCAUCUACAUCAGAUGGAUGUGAGCAAUGCGUUUUUGAAUGGCUUCCUAGAUGAAGAGAUUUACAUGGAAUUGCCUCCAAGAUUGAACCAGUUGCCAGAGUACAAAGGAAAAGUGUGCAAACUUCAGAAAUCCCUUUAUGGGAUGAAACAAGCAAGCAGACAGUGGUUUGUGAGGCUAACUGAUGUUCUGUUGAAGCUUGGUUUUAAACAAUCCUAUUCUGAUUAUUCUGUGUUCAGUUACAGUUCUGGGAAGGAUCACUUGUUCUUGGUGAUUUAUGUAGAUGAUAUGAUUUUGGCAAGCAGUAACAUGGACUUAAUCCAACAAGUCAAGCAGUGGCUACACAAGGAAUUUAAGGUUAAAGACCUUGAAGAAUUCAAGUAUUUUUUGGGGCCGGAGAUACAAAGAAGUGAGAAAGGAAUUUCCCUCAAUCAGAGGAAGUUAUGUCUAGAGAUGCUGGCCAAUGCAAGUUACUUGAACAACAAACCAGCCAAAACCCCAUUGAGUAUGAAAACUGUCCUAUCUGCUGAAGAUGGAGUGCCAUUAGAUGAUGGUGAUGAAUACAGGCACCUAUUGGGACAGCUUCAAUACCUGACUACCACGAGACCAGAUAUAGCAUUUCCAGUUCAGCAGCUAUCACAGUUCCAGAGCAAUCCUGCAUCUACACAUUUGCAUGCCUUACACAGAGUUCUAAGAUACCUAAAAGGGAGUCUAGGUCAGGGCUUAUGGUUUUCAAGCACCUCUGAUCUAACUAUCAGAGGUUACAGUGACACCGAUUGGGCCACCUGCCCCGACACAAGAAGGUCUGUUACAGGAUACUGCACUUUCCUGGGGAUUUCACUCAUUACAUGGAAAAGCAAGAAACAGACUAUCGUCUCCAGGUCUUCAUCUGAAGCAGAGUACAGGGCAUUACCACAACUGUGCUGUGAAGUUCAGUGGAUGAAAGGGUUAAUGGAGUUCUUUCAUGUAUCACAUCCUCAACCCAUUCCCUUAUAUUGGGACAACCAAUCAGCUAUAUACACAGCUAAAAAUCCAGUCUUUCACGAGUGAACGAAACACUUGGAAGUUGAUCUGCACAUCACUCGUGAAAGACUGAAAGCUGGCUUGAUCACUCUGCAACAUGUCUCCACGGAUUAUCAACCAGCUGACAUCUUCACUAAAAGUUUGUCUGCAGAUAGAUUUCGUUUCUUGUUGAACAAGUUGGGUUUAUUUGAUCAAUACACGCCAGCUUGAGGGGGCGUGUGAAGAUAUGUGCUCAGCAGCUGAGUAUUGAACAAAACGUCACCCCACUGCUGCGUUUCAGUGACAAUUGAAUUAAACGGCUAAUCUACA